AUGCCAUCUGCCAGUGGAGAAUUUGGUGUGCCUUACAUUCCUAAACUUAACACCACAGAGAAGAAAGUAAUGGACAAAAUGUUCCGUGUGCAUUACUUCAACGUCUACGUCAGUGACAGAAUCUCCGUACACCGACGUCUGCGGGACACAAGGUCACAAGAAUGUAAGGCUCAAACAUUCCGCCCAAACCUGUCCAUGGCGAGCGUCAUCAUUUGCUUCAAAGACGAGGCAUGGUCGGUGCUGCUUCGGACAGUCCACAGUAUCCUGGACAGAUCACCAUCACAUCUGCUGCGGGAGAUUAUCCUCGUAGAUGAUUUCUCUUCAUCUGAUUAUCUUAAAGGUCCCCUGGAAAGAUAUAUGUCGGAUUAUCCUCUGGUGAAGAUUCUGAGGACAACCAAACGGGAGGGUCUGACCCGAGCCCGACUGAUGGGGUAUGAGAUCGCCAGGGGUCCUGUCCUAGUCUUCCUAGACUCGCAUGUAGAGUGCUUCCCAGGCUGGCUGGAACCCCUGCUUGAUCGCAUCGCUGAGAACCCGAAGAACGUUCCCUUCCCGCAUAUUCCCUACAUUGACAAGGACCACUUUGGCAGUUUCGCCUCUAUGGACAAUCAGAUAGGGGUAUUCAACUGGCAGAACCUUAUUUUCACCUGGAUCUUCAUCCCAGAGAGCGUGGAGAAACUGCGCAAGUCCACUGCUGAUCCUAUAAGGUCAGCCACUAUGCCGGGAGGUUUGUUUGCCAUUGACAGGAAUUACUUCACAACACUUGGCACCUAUGACCCUGCACUCCUGUACUGGGGAGGGGAAAACAUGGAACUCUCAUUCAAGAUCUGGAUGUGUAAUGGAACCAUCGAGCUAAUUCCAUGUUCCCAAGUUGGACAUAUCUUCCGUUAUCAGAACCCCAUUAAAUGGAGCAGCACAGGCGUCAACGUUCUCAAGAGGAACUACAUGAGAGUUGCGGAGGUGUGGAUGGACGAGUACAAGGAGUACAUGUACGAUGCCUCCUUCCAACGAGCAGACUUUGGAGACAUAUCGGCCAGGAAGCGACUUAGGGAAAGUUUACAUUGUCACGACUUCCGGUGGUAUAUGAGGAAUGUAUUUCCGUUUCCGGAGCCGGUGAAAUCCAUAGCUGCUGGAGAAAUACGUAACAUGGCGAAGCCUGUUUGCCUGGACAGCAUGGGGGAGUCGAUGAAACCGGGGGUGUUUGGUUGUCACGGCCAGGGUAUGAAUCAGUGGUGGCAACUGAAGGAAGACCGGACUCUGGGCUCGGCUAUGCACGACAUGUGCCAUGAGAAUGGCACCUUUGUAUUGAAGAAAGGCUGCCCUGGACAACAGUCGUGGACCUACGACAAGGAGAAUCAAACCUUGCUUCACAGCCCUUCUAAAAUGUGUUUACAAGUGACUGUGCAACUUAAACUGACACUCGCUACAUGCUCGGGAACGGCAUGGCAAAAGUGGAUAGUGCCACUGAAGAGUAUGCAAUCAAAACAUUAGCGUGACAGUAUCGAGAGAAUUGUAUAUAUCAAACGAUGUCGAACUGAGGUAUGUUGAAGAUGUGCUUCAUAUCAUCCAAGGAGAAUGUGUCGAAUGAAGUAAGAAAAGGACUGAAGAACCAUACGAAGACAAAGUUCUUAAUUCAUCUGGAAAUCUGCAGCGCUGUAUAACGCCGUUUUCCAUAAAAUCUGUACAUGGAAAUAUAUCCAUUGAAUGUCGGACUUCAGGUGACCCGGAACUUCACACGACACGUGUACAUAUAUGUUUGCUGGUUAAUGUAACCAGAUAUCUUUGAGUAACAUUUGACAUGCUACACAUUUGAUCCAUCGAUCCAUCACCUGUCACGAAAUGCAACUCUAUAUGGAAGAGUGUUAAAAGCUGUCAGUGUUCCGAUGAUGGCAAUUGAGGGAAUAACAUAGUGGAAAGUAAGAAUUGCACAUGUUUAUUGGCUAAUGUCACACAAAUUCAGUUCUUCCGCGAAGAACAUGUGCUACCGUGGAAUAAUACUCUCAAUGAUGUGAACGACAUUAGAAACCUUAUACGUUGUUUUGAAUAUGACUCAACUCGGAAAUUGACGAAAGGUUCUCUGUAAGGUAAAGGGAAUGGGCUUAUUCAUGUCGUUAAUGUUAGACAGAGUUAUCGUUUAGGGGUUGACGCAGUCAUGAUCUGGUAUUGGAACACUAUGACUGGCAGACCCUUAUUUAAUUUACAUACGAACUUAUGUGCUGCGAACUGUGUCAGUGGACGCUGAACCAUAAUCACGACAACUAAAUACAGGGCUAGGGCGAUGACUUGUGAUUUACGCACUAAACAGUUAUCUGCUAAU